CCCGAUAACGCCUCUUGAUAUCGAAGAUAACUUGGCGUCAAAAUAACAAAGUUGAUAACAAAUAAUUAACUAAAUUAGAUUAAAGAUCCUAAACUCGACCGCAUAUAAGUCGAUAGAUACAAUUCUUCAGUCCCUCCUGGACACGGGAAUCCUCCAAUUGGAGUUAAAUCAACCGGCGACCGGCUACCAUAACCAUGGUAAACAGCCGUGGCCCUCCGCUGGAUAAUGGCCCCCUGUCGGGUGCCAAUUGUGGAUCCUCCCGCCUUGCCGUAUGUCUGAUCCACUUCGUCCUGGCUGUGAUCUCCGGCUGGGGAUUAAAACGGAGCACCGGCAGCCAGGCGAUGGCCGCCUUUGGGAUCUACUUUGGCCAUAGUCUGCUCUGUCUGCUGCGGCACACACAUCCCAAUCCAGGGGCAGUGCAGCGGCUGUUGUGUGAGAAGUCGAGGAGGUACUCAAGCGUCCUGUUUGUUACCCUGGUAGUUGGUGAAUUGCAGACUGCGAAUCCUGCCACCCGAAUGGGUGACUUCUUUGGAGCCGACUGGGAGCGUCUGGCCUUUGGACUCUGGAGUGGUGUUUUAGCACUGGCUGUCACAAGUUUGUGGUUUGGCAGUAGUCGCAGUCCGCUAGGCGCAACAUUCAUCAAACUGGAUGCGGCCCAGUUGGGUCUCUGUGUGGUUUGGAAUGUCUUCUGCUUGUGGCACAUUGCCGUCGUCGACGAGCACUGGUGGUCACUUGGCCUUGCGCUGCUUAUACUACUUAAUCACUUUUUCCUGUGGCGACUGCCGCUGCACUACAAUAUCACCCAGCUGGAGGUAGCCACCAUUGGCAUGUGCUUUAGCACCAUCUUUGCGCUGAACGCCAUCCAGGAACAACUGGAUGCAGUGGCCAGCUGAGGUCAGCUGGUCGGGCAACCAAGGACUGGUGCCUUGGUUACCCUUAUCUGAGGCACAUUUCUCUUGUCUACGAUUGACUUUAAUUUAUUAGCUGUACAUUGUUGAUCAAUAAUUCUUUUGUAAAAUAAAUCAAUUCUACUCCAUUUAAAAAUGA